AUCAAGUGAAUUUCAAGAAAUAUGCAUAUACUUAGCCAAACUCUUCAAUGUUAUCUUCCGGACAGCUAGGAUGUCUGAUGAGUGGAGGGAGAGUCUCUUGGUCCCUUUGUUUAAAGGCAAGGGUGACAUUCAGAGCUGCGAGAAUUACAGAGGCAUCAAACUCCUUAGCCACACCAUGAAGGUUUGGGAGCGAGUCAUUGAGUAUAGGGUGCGGAAAGGGGUAUGCAUAUCUGAGAACCAGUUUGGUUUCAUGCCUGGCAGAUCGACUACAGAGGCCAUUCACCUCGUGCGGAGGUUAAUGGAAGAGUAUAGGGCUAGGAAGAAGGACCUUCAUAUGGUGUUUAUUGACCUUGAGAAGGCGUACGAUAGGGUGCCAAGGGAGGUUUUAUGGAGGUGCCUUGAGUCGAGAGGAGUUCCCGUCGCGUACACUCGCGCGAUCAAGGAUAUGUACGGUGGGGCUAGGACUAGGGUAAGGACCUCCGGGGGCGACUCCGAGUCAUUCUCGGUAGGGAUGGGGUUGCACCAGGGAUUCAGAAUAAGUAAGAACAAGACAGAAUACAUGGAAUGUCGUUUCAGCGGUCGGGAAAUGGAAUCAGAAGUGGAAGUUAGGAUUGACUCUCACCUAGUGCCUAAAGUGGACAAGUUUCGGUAUCUUGGCUCGGUAGUUCAGGCUGAUGAGGAGUUAGACGGGGAUGUUGGGCAUCGUGUUGGAGUGGCUUGGGCCAAAUGGCGGUUGGCUUCAGGGGUGUUGUGUGAUCCGAAGAUUUCACCCAAGAUGAAAGGCAUGGCGCCGAUGGAAGAUAAGCUGCGGGAAGCGAGGUUGAGAUGGUUUGGUCAUGUGAGACGGCGGAAUGCUGACGCCCCUGUUGGAGCCGGGGGUCUCUUGGAAACAACCUCCUACUUCCGAGUAGGGGCACUCUCCCCAGACCCUACUAUAGUGGGAUUCAACUGGAUUGUUGUUGUUGUUUCUACAGUCCUUAAGCUAAAUUCUUGAUUUAGGAGUAUUUCACAAGAGUUCAAUAGAAAAGCUGACAAAUGAAGUGAUUGAAAUUUA